UAAAAUCAUCAAAAUCACAAUCAACUCCACUACAAGCAAACAUGUUAUCAAGAUUACCUUUGCAGCAAUUACCAUUAGUUCCAAAUGAAGGCUUAGAAAUUCAAGAAAUUCAGGUGACUCAAAAGGAAAUUCAAGAAGUUCAAGAGACCCAAAGAGUAACUCAAGAAAUCCAAGCGACUCAAAAAGAAUUUCUUCAAGGAAAUUUAUUUAUGAAUUCAAACAUUACAUUUCAUAUUCAUAAUCACUAUUAUUGA